AUGGCGACUGUUCCGUUGCAAGGAUUCACCAUCGAAGCGGAAAACCGAUUGUCUGACGUGAAUUCAGCUAUUGGUGACAGUGAUAUUUCAUUUUUCACCACAUCUAUUGCCUCGAGUAUCAAGAAUUACAUCAAAAUGGACAUGCUACAUCAUAUCUAUCCCCUCAUGCUAGGAGGAAGCCUCUAUAAGACCCCGAUUUCUCAAUCCCCACAGCACAUCUUGGAUAUUGGGCCAGGCACUGGCAUCUAUGCACUUGAUAUCGCAGAUGAACUCCCUAGUGCAGAGAUUCUUGGAAUUUCCCUGAGCCCUAUUCAACCCCACUGUGUUCCGCCGAAUUGCAAAUUUAUUGUCAAUGAUAAAUUCGACUAUGUUCACAAACCAAAUAUAGCCGACAGUGUUUCAAAUUGGGAUCGACUCUUUCAACAGGCCUUCCGUAAUACUCGGCCAGGCGGAUAUUUAGAAUUGGAAGAGUUUCCUGUCUGGUUUCACACCCAGGAUGGAGAACUUUCAGAUGAUUCUUAUACUCGACAAUGGAAUCGCCACCUUGUGGACGGCAUGAUCACUUUUGGAAAGUCCAUACGUACCGUCGAACAGCAGGCAGAAAAGAUGAAAGCGGCUGGGUUUGUCGACCAAAAGAGUCCGAGUCUCACGGAGCUUGGCCAGUGGAUGCAAAUGCAAACGAUAGAUGCCAUCGAGCCAUUGUCUCUAGCCAUCUUUACUCAUGUCUUAGGCUGGACCGAGGAAGACAGUUGCUUACUCUUCGCCGAAGCUCGCAAAGAGUUUAGAGAGACGACAAGGCAACUCUAUGUUUAUAUGCAUUCCAUCUAUAGUCACAUUCAAGACUUUAAGGGAGGCAUUGAGUGGCAGAAUGUACUGCUUCCUCAAACCUGGAAAUGCCUAUAUUAUGUGAAACUCGCCACGAGGGAUUAG